AUGUUUCCAACCAAAGACAAAGAUCGUCCACCAUCUCCGCUGAACAAGGAAACCUCUUCAGCGCCCCAUCGUAAAAAGCGCAAAAUGCCACCGCAGAGAACCUAUCGAUCUCCACCUUCUCCGCAGAAAUACAUGGAAAGUAAACGGAGCAUUCCGCAGUCUCCGCCGCGUAGACAUCCAUCUCCGCCAGGGAAUAAACAUCUAUAUCCGCUGCAGAACUAUGGAUCUCCGCCAAAACGCAUGGAAAGCCAACGAAUGUUUGCGCCGCCUCCGCCGCGUAGACACCGAUCUCCACGGCCUCCGCCGGGGAUUAGAGAUAUAUCUCCGCCGCCGCCGCCGCCGCCGCCGCCGCCGCCGGGACACGUGGUAAACAAAGAGAAAGUUCCGCCGACUCCACCGACGCAUCGUGUUGAACAACCCGUCAUUCUAACACCACCCAGUAAAAGAUCAUGGAUCUCAUUUUGA